AUGCCAGUUGAUAAGCAAGCGAAAAGGAAAAAAAGUAUAUCAAGCAAUGAAGUUGAAUUGCUUUAUACUAAAUCUAAAACGUACCUUCACCCCACAACCUCUAAGAAGGAUAAUAUACCUGGGUACUUGUCAUUAAGUAGAGGUGCUAAUGCAGCUAAUAGAGAUAUUAUAAUCUCAUUUAUGUCUGAGAAGCAAUUAUCAAGCGAAGAAUUGAAAGCAUAUGAAAAUGUUGAUAUUGCUGAUUUGCAAGAUGAUUUGGAGGCAUUGAAACUUGGUGGUACAAAUAGUAGAUCAUCCGGUAAACGAAAUUUGAAUAUUGUUUCGAAACCACCAACAUCAAGUGCUUUUGGGUUUUGUUUCAGUAUUCCGAUAUCAUUUGUCUAUUCAAUUCAAGUUCGGAAACCGUCAGUAGGAUGGUGGUUCGGAUCAAUAAUAAUUAACACCCAGGACGGAGAAAAGUUACCCAUUGUGUUUUUUCAUGAUGAUGAAUCUCCGUCGACUUUGAAGAACCAAAAGGUUAGAAAUCAAAGAUUUGAUCCGUUCGGUGAUAAUGGUGAAAUGUAUUGGGGAGGACUGGAUUUUAUGAAUGCAUUAGGAAAGUUUGCAGACGUUCAAAAGUCAAGUGUAGAACCGUCUGUGUACUUAAUUAAUCCUGAAUCUAAUGAUUUAAGGAAUUUUGCUCCAUUUAAGGAACCCAAAACAGCUAAGACGGAAACUAACCAAGAGCCAUUUAAAUUACCUGAUGUCAACAAGUUUUUUGCAAAUGCUAAAUGGAAGGUCUUGGAAACCGUUGCUACUUUCUCAGCAAAAACUCGAAAUCAAGUCCUUGAUCUUGUUGAUGAAAAUGCCCCCAUGCCAAUUAAGCAGAUUAUAAAUAAGCCUGAAGUGCAAAAAAUUGGAAACGAAUUUGAUAGCGCUAGAGUUUAUUUAGCAAAAUGGGCUGCUCAAGUUAAAGAAGAAGCAGAAGAGGCACACAGGAAAUAUCAGUUAGAUGACGAAAUAUAUAACAAAAUUAAUAAAGAGUUGGGUGUGGGAUCAAACACAGAAAUCUUGACCGACGAAGAAGUGAGUAAGACAUCUAGAAGAAAGCCUAUUAGCAAAGUUGAAUGGGAAGGUUUGUUUGAUUUUUCAGGCAGAUUGAUUAUUUCCAUAGAUGAAAUUAAAGAUAGGAUCUUUCAUGGGGGGUUAGAAGAUUGCAUAAGAGGGGAGGCGUGGUUAUUUUUACUCAACGUUUACCCAUGGGAUUCUUCAGCUGAGGAAAGAAAAACCCUACGCAAUAGUUUUCAAACAGCUUAUGAAGAAAUAAAGUUAAAAUGGGUUAACGAUGAUGAUAAAAGAAGCGUAGAUUUUUGGAAAGAUCAGAAACACAGGAUUGAAAAAGACAUUAAUCGUACUGACCGUAACUUAUCAAUUUUCCAAAACAAAAAGAAGAUUUCUAUUUCCGGUGUGGGAAGUGAUAGAUUACCAACGACCAGGGAAUCAUCUCCAGAAACUCCAGAUGAAGCUGAUGAUGACGAAUUCGACGUUUCGAAUAUCACAAAUCCUCACUUGUUUAAAAUGAGGGAAAUCUUAUUGACUUACAAUGAACAUAAUGUUAAUUUGGGAUAUGUUCAGGGAAUGACAGAUUUAUUGUCUCCACUAUAUGUCACAUUUCAAGACGAAUCCUUAACGUUCUGGGCAUUUGUGAACUUUAUGGAUCGUAUGGAAAGAAACUUCCUUCGUGAUCAAUCUGGAAUGAAAAAUCAAAUGCUAACUUUGAAUGAAUUAGUUCAAUUCAUGUUACCAGAUUUGUUUAAGCACUUGGAGAAGUGUGAAUCUACAGAUCUAUAUUUCUUCUUCCGCAUGCUAUUAGUCUGGUUCAAACGCGAAUUCGAGUGGUCCAGUGUGCUCUCCCUAUGGGAAAUCUUAUGGACUGAUUAUUACUCCGGUCAAUUCCACUUAUUCUUCGCUUUGGCAGUAUUAAGCGAUAAUGAACGUAUUAUAAGACAAAAUUUAAGCAGAUUCGACGAGGUCCUCAAGUACAUGAACGACCUUUCUAUGAAUAUGAACUUGAAUCAUUUGUUAAUACGUGCAGAAUUGCUAUUCUUGAGGUUCAGAAGAAUGAUCGAUAUAAUCGACAGGGAAAAUUCCUUGAAAAAGUUGAAUAACCCUGGAGUAUAUGAUGAUGCUAAUAAUUCAUUAAUCAAAAUUAGCCCUGCAUUGAGAGAAUUAUUAUCGAAGAAGCCUGUGAUACAGAAAGAAACUGAAAGACCUGAAGGUGUAGGUGGUGGUUAA